CCUAUCUUUAUAAACCGGAUACCCACAAUUCCACUUUCUCUUUCCUGUCUAACUCGCCGCCAUGAAGGUUGAGUUGUGCAGUUUCAGUGGGUAUAAAAUUUAUCCCGGCCAUGGCCGGCGAUAUGCCCGAAUCGACGGAAAGGUGUUCCAGUUUCUGAACGCCAAAUGUGAGUCUGCGUUCCUGAACAAAAGGAACCCCAGGCAGAUCAACUGGACCGUCCUGUACAGGCGCAAACACAAGAAGGGCCAAUCUGAAGAGGUUACAAAAAAACGCACUCGCCGUGCUGUAAAGUUCCAGAGGGCCAUCACUGGUGCCUCUCUCGCUGAGAUCCUGGCCAAGAGGAACCAGAAGCCUGAAGUGCGCAAGGCCCAGAGAGAGCAGGCUAUCAGGGCUGCCAAGGAGGCCAAGAAGGCAAAGCAGGCAACCAAGAAACCAACCACCCAGAGUUCCAAGGCCCCUGCCAAGGCUGCACCCAAACAGAAGAUCGCUAAACCCAUGAAAGUCAGCGCUCCUCGUGUUGGUGGCAAACGUUAAUUUUUUCCUGGUGUUUUGUGUACUAAUAAAAUAUCACAGUACA